CUCCCUCUCUCUCUCUCUCUCAGAAUCAGUCGGAUCCAAUUUCCCGCGGCGAGAAAAGAAACAAAAAUGUCGCACUCGCACUCCCUCUCGGAGAGCGACACCGUCCCUCUCCACCCCUCCUCCCAAUCCGACAUCGACGAGAUCGAAAACCUAAUCAACGCCUCCGUCCAAUCCGGCCCCACCACCGUCCUCCCCGCCACCACCUCACGCGCCUCCAUCCCCGUCUCCUCCUCCCCCUUCCUCCAAUCCAACCUCCCCCCUCUCCCCUCCAAACCCAAUCCCGUCCCUCCAUCUGUCCCCGCCCCUCCUCCCCUCCCCUCCGCCUCCACCACCACCUCCACCUCCGCCACCGGGUUCGGGUCCCCGCCCAAUACCCUAACGGAGCCCGUCUGGGACACCGUCAAGAGGGACCUCUCCAGGAUCGUCAGCAACCUGAAGCUCGUUGUGUUUCCGAAUCCGUAUCGUGAGGAUCCCGGGAAGGCCUUGAGGGACUGGGAUCUGUGGGGGCCCUUCUUCUUCAUUGUGUUCUUGGGCCUCACUCUGUCUUGGUCUGCCUCUGUCAAGAAGUCUGAGGUUUUCGCGGUAGCGUUUGCGGUGCUGGCUGCUGGUGCUGUGAUUCUGACAUUGAAUGUACUUCUGCUGGGAGGACACAUAAUUUUCUUCCAGAGCCUAAGUCUUCUUGGUUAUUGCUUAUUCCCUUUGGAUGUUGGAGCUUUAAUCUGUAUGGUGAAGGACAAUGUGAUAUUGAAGGUGGUUGUUGUAAGCAUUACACUGGCUUGGAGUUCUUGGUCUGCAUAUCCUUUCAUGAGUUCAGCAGUCAACCCCAGGAGAAAAGCUCUCGCACUUUACCCAGUUUUCUUGAUGUAUGUAUCUGUUGGUUUUCUUAUUAUCGCCAUUGAUUAACACAUAAGACUAAACAUGCAUGCUAAGUAGAUAGAAAUUUUAUGUGGUGCUUCCUAUUCUGGCUUGUUGCUUGGGAUCUGAGCUCCCGCUGCCAAUAUCAUAUCUGCUGUAUCAAACUUCUUACAUGAGUUUAAAUGCUAUCACGUUCAUACCUCUU